AUGUCAUGUUAUCGAAUGACAGAUACUUCAGUACAAAAUGAUCGUAUAGAACACGAAACAAUAAAUUUAACUUAUAAAAGUUCAUUACGAUUUAGAGGCAAGACAAAUGUAAUUAGAGAAUCAUUAUUUAAUCAAGCAAAUUAUUAUUGGAUUGGUUUAAUUUCAAUCGGUACACCAGAAAAAACUUUUAUUAUCAAUUUCGAUACAGGUUCUACUGAUUUAUGGGUACCAUCAAUUCAAUGUCUUUCUACUUGUGAAAACAAAGCAAAAUACGAUUUAUAUAGUUCGUAUACAUCUCGAGCUAAUGGAGCUACCUUUAGAAUUAAAUACGGUGAUGGGUCAUAUGUUAAUGGUAUUUUCAUUAAUGAUACUGUGACAAUAGCAAAUUCAUCUGUAUUAAAUCAAGCAUUUGCUCAUGCAAAAAAUAUAUCAGGUUUUAGUUUGUCAACAUUUGAUGGUGUUUUAGGUCUUGCUUAUCCAUCACUUGGUACAUCUGGUCAGAUUCCUAUUUUUUAUAACAUGUGGCAACAAGGUCUUAUAUCUAAUCCAAUUUUUUCUUUUUAUUUCAAUCCAAAUCCAAAUUCUUAUCCAGGUGGUGAACUUAUUUUCGGUGGAGUAGAUUCAACUAAAUAUUUAGGUUCAAUUACUUAUGUAGAUGUUAUUAUACCUGCCUAUUGGGAAUUUAUGAUGGAUAGUGUACAAACAAAUGAUAAAAUAAUAUGUUCAAAUUGUCGUGCUAUUUUGGAUACUGGUACAACAUUAAUUGUUGGACCAUCAAAUCAAAUAGCAUUACUUAAUUAUGCUAUUGGUGGAAUAUAUGAUCAAGAAACUGGAUUAUACACAGUUGAUUGUUAUACUCGUUUAUUAUCUGAUUUUCCUGAUGUAGAAUUUUCAAUUGGUAAUAUGACAUUUACAUUAUCAGUAUUACAAUAUUUACUUAUUUCAAAAGAUAAUGAUAAUUUUGUAUGUUAUACUAUUUUUCAAGGUAUUAAUUUACGUGAUAAUCGUGGAUAUCUAAUAUGGAUUCUUGGUGAUUAUUUUCUUAGUCGUUUCUAUUCGAUUUAUAAUGUUAAACGUAAUCAAAUUGGUCUUGCUAAAUCAAUAUCAUAUAAUUACUUACAAAUAAAUCCGAAAUCAUUAUUUGGAAAUUCAAGUAAUAAAAAUUAUUUUCAAUAUAUUUUACAAUUAUUUAUAUUAAUUAUUAUUCUUGUUAUAAGAAAUAUCUUUUUUUUUUAA